ACUAUUAGUACUUUAGUAGUAUUAAACCUAUCCGCCACCUCUGGAAACCCUAAUUCCCAAAUUUAGGAGGCUGCGAUCUCAAAAUCGACCAACAGGAAGAAUGAGCAGCCGUUCGAGUAGAACUGUGUAUGUCGGAAACCUUCCUGGAGAUAUCCGCGAGAGAGAGGUUGAAGAUUUGUUCAGUAAGUAUGGACCAGUUGUUCAAAUUGAUUUGAAGGUCCCGCCAAGGCCUCCUGGCUAUGCCUUCGUUGAGUUUGAUGAUGCUCGGGAUGCUGAAGAUGCUAUUCAUGGUCGGGAUGGCUAUGACUUUGAUGGCCAUCGCUUACGGGUGGAAUUAGCUCAUGGUGGGAGGCGUUCAACAGAUGAUUCUCGUGGUAGUUUCAAUGGUGGUGGCCGUGGUGGUGGUCGUGGCCGCGGUGAUGGCCGUGGCGAUGGUGGUAGUCGUGGGCCAUCUAGGAGAUCAGAGUUUCGUGUUCUGGUGACAGGCUUGCCUUCAUCUGCUUCUUGGCAAGAUCUCAAGGAUCACAUGCGCAAAGGAGGGGAUGUUUGUUUCUCACAAGUGUACCGUGAUGGUAGAGGUACAACUGGAGUUGUGGAUUACACCUGCUAUGAGGACAUGAAGUAUGCGGUGAAAAAGCUUGAUGACACAGAGUUUCGAAACGCGUUUUCUCAUGGAUAUGUUCGGGUUAGAGAAUAUGAUUCGAGGAAGGAUUCUAGGAGCCCUAGCAGGGGAAGAUCAUAUUCUAGGAGUCGUAGUCGCAGCCGCAGCCGUGGGCGGAGCUUGAGCCGAAGCAGGAGUCCAAAGGCAAAGUCUUCACGUAGGUCGCCUGCAAAAUCUACCUCGAGAUCUCCUGCCCCCCGCUCAAAGUCAAGGUCACUGUCUCCAAGAAGAUAUGGAUUUACAUACGAUCGAGUAGAAAAUGGAAAUUAAUAUCUGGAUGGAAAUUCUUGGUUGUUCACAAGUAUUUCGACUCAGAGAUGGAUAACAAUGGAGACAUUGGAUCACAAUAUUUAUCGGGAUUCAAUAAAACUAAAUUUGCCUGAUGGAUGAUGACAAUAUGGAAAUCUCGGGUUCCCUUGGGAGUUGGGACGUCCAUGGCACAUUUUGCUACAAAAUUGUUUUGCUACAUGGUUUUGAGAAAUCUCCUUUGUUUUACCUAAGUAGCAGUGUUGAUUGGUUUAAGUUACUUCUUCUUUUUGCAAAUGCUUGAUCUCUUUAAGAUAGAUGAGGCAUCAAGGUGAACAGUACCGAACAGAAUGAUAUGUUUGGGUUUCUGAAUCUUGGUU